GAAAUUACCAUACAUUAUCAACAAUGAUAAAGGUUAAUCCAAAUUAACUUCUAGAAACAGUUCCUAAACUAACAACGAAUGAAUUAAUAGAAAAUUCUAAAAAUGGACUCUUCAGUCAAAAUAGAUUCGUAGGAAAUUUUCCCAAUCGGUUUUUAACGAAAAGCGAAGGAUGUGACACGUGUCAUAAUCUGGUGAGAGAUUACAGAGAAAAAACAUUCCCUUAAAAACCUCAGAGGAUCCAACAAGAACAAUCUCUAAUGGCGGUUUGAAGUUAUUUUUUAAAGGUUUAACAUUUUUUUCCAAAUCCGCAGAAAUCUCUACCAAAACACUCCUAAAUCUUCGUCAUCUUUUGUCUCUUUAUAAAAAAGAUUAAAUAAAAAAAAAAAACCACUUGAUGAUUAUCCCAUAAACCAUAUAAACAAAAAACAAAAAUUUGUUUUUUUGUUCAAUCAAUCUCUCUCUCUCUAGCGAAAUUUAGAUUUUGAUUUUGGGGAUUUUGCUCUCUCUUUGUUGCUCGUAUCUUUCUGUUUCCCAAUUGAGAGACGGAGGGAGAGAGAAAUUGAUGGGCUUAAUCGUGGAUGAUAACGACGGAGAAGUUUUGAUUCCGCCGCCGAAUUUUUCGAUGGUAGAAGACGGGAUUUAUCGAUCUGGGUUUCCUCAGCUGGAGAAUUUCGGAUUCUUAUCAACCCUAAAUCUUCGAUCCGUCAUUUAUCUGUGUCCUGAACCAUACCCUGAGGACAAUCUCAAGUCUCUUCAAUCCAACAACAUUAAGCUUUUUCAGUUCGGGAUUGAAGGCAAAACGGAUCCUCCAACUCCUAUGCCAAAGGAUACAGUGUUGAGUGCUCUUAGAGUACUAGUUGAUGUUCGAAAUCAUCCAAUUCUCAUCCACUGUAAGCGCGGGAAGCAUAGGACAGGUUGUCUUGUGGGAUGCUUGAGGAAAGUGCAAAACUGGUGUUUGUCAUCGGUUCUUGAGGAAUACCAAAAGUGUGCGGGUUUGAAAUGGAGACAAAGAGAUUUAAGGUUCAUAGAGGAUUUCGAUGUGCUCAGAUUGAAGCAAUGUCUAUACAGCAUUAUCUAUCAGUACAAUGGGUAUGGUCUCAAGAGAAGAAAGUUGCUGUAUCAAGAAGAGAAUGUUGUUCAAGAACAGCAAAAACCUCAAGCCACCAAAGGGUGAAGAAAGAGAUUUGAAAUCGGAUUUUUUUUUGUUUCUCUUCUCCUUCUAGAUUUUUAAUUCUUUACAUUUUGUCGUGUUGAUGAUGAUGAUUCUUUUGAGAAUAGGAUAGGUUUUAAAAACCUUGAAAAAUAGAGGAUUUGAUUUGGUCUCUCUAUCUUUUUUCUUUUUACAGUUAGAGAAAUUUACAGAUUGAUUCUUAAUUGUUGUUGUUCAUAAGAAACUAGUAACAAAUAUGUCGCUUUUGUACUCUUAAUUAUAUGAUUGGAUAAGUCAAUAGAACUCAAAGUUUUUUUUUUUUCUCGUGGCCUUUUUUCACUUAUUUGAUUCGUGGGCCUUAUACUGUAGAACCAUCUCAGUUUAUGACUUUAUGGGCAAUACUAUAAUCGA